UUGUCCUUUCUUCACACUUUCCUUUUACUAACAUUUGUCCUUUCUUCACCCUUUCCUUUACUAACAUUUGUCCUUUCUUCACACUUCUUUACUAACAUUUGUCCUUUCUUCACACUUUCCCUUACUUUCAUUUGUCCUUUACUUCUCAUUUCCUUUCCUUUGUCCUUCACACUUUCCUUUACUAACAUUUGUCCUUUCAUCACACUUUCCUUUACUAACAUUUGUCCUUUCUUCACACUUUCCUUUACUAACAUUUGUCCUUUCUUCUCACUUUCCUUUACUAACAUUUGUCCUUUCUUCUCACUUUCCUUUACUAACAUUUGUCCUUUCUUCACACUUUCCUUUACUAACAUUUGUCCUUUCUUCACACUUUCCUUUACUAACAUUUGUCCUUUCUUCACACUUUCCUUUACUAACAUUUGUCCUUUCUUCACACUUUUUUUUUCUAAUAUUUGUCCUUCCUUCACACUUUCCUUUACUAAUAUUUGUCCUUCCUUCACACUUUCCUUUACUAACAUUUGUCCUUUCUUCUCACUUUCCUUUACUAACAUUUGUCAUUUCUUCACACUUUCCUUUACUAACAGAUUUUGCUCUGUUCAUAUCUAUCUAUCUAUCUUAUUUAUUUAUUUAUCUAUCUAUAUCAAUUUUUUCAUAUAUAUCUAUUUAACUAUCUAUGACAGUCUGUUCAUAUCUAUCUAUCUAUCUAUCUAUCUAUCUAUCUAUCUAUCACCACCUGCUUCAAUCUAUCUAUCUAUCUAUCUAUCUAUCUAUCUAUCUAUAUAUGCAUACACACACAAACACAUACACGCACAUUACACUACCACAUACAAUAUCUAUCUAUCUAUCUAUCUAUCUAUCUAUCUAUCUAUCUAUCUAUGGUUGUGUAUUAUCUAUCUAUCUAUCUAUCUAUCUAUCUAUCUAUCUAUCUAUUUCAGAUUGUGUAUUAUCUAUCUAUUUAUUUCAGUUUGUCUAUUAUCUAUUUAUUUAUUUAUUUCAUUUUGUCUAUUAUCUAUCUAUCUAUCUAUCUAUCUAUCUAUCUAUCUAUCUAUCUAUCUAUCUCAGUUUGUCUAUUAUCUAUCUAUCUAUCUAUCUAUCUAUCUAUCUAUCUAUCUAUCUCAGUUUGUCUAUUAUCUAUCUAUUUCAGUUUGUCUAUUAUCUAUCUAUCUAUCUAUCUAUCUCAGUCUAUCAUUAUCUAUCUAUCUUUCUAUUAUUAUCUAUCUAUCCUAUUUUUUCAGUUUAUCUAUUAUCUAUCUAUUUAUUUCAGUUUGUCCAUUAUCUAUCUAUCUAUCUCUCUAUCUAUAUCUAUCUAAUCCUAUUCAUAUUUCUAUCUUCUAUCUUAUCUAUCUAUCUAUCUAUUUAUUUCAGUUUGUGUAUUAUCUAUCUAUUUAUCGAUCUAUCUAUGGUUGUGUAUUAUCUAUCUAUCUAUCUAUCUAUGGUUGUGUAUUAUCUAUCUAUCUAUUUCAGUUUGUGUAUUAUCUAUCUAUUUAUUUCAGUUUGUCUAUUAUCUAUUUAUUUAUUUCUAUGGUUUGUCUAUCUAUCUAUUUCAGUUUGUGUAUCUAUCUAUUUAUCUAUUUGUCUAUUAUCUAUUUAUUUAUCUAUUUGUCUAUCUAUCUAUCUAUCUAUCUAUCUAUCUAUCUAUCUAUCCAUCUCAGUUUGUCUAUUAUCUAUCUAUCUAUCUAUUUCAGUUUGUCUAUUAUCUAUCUAUCUAUCUCAGUUUGUCUAUCUAUCUAUCUAUCUAUCUAUCUAUCUAUCUAUCUAUCUAUCUAUCUAUCUAUCUUUGCAUCUUUCGAUCCGGAGGCAAACCGCAUUCUUUCCAAUCGAAUCUUAAUGACCCUGGACAUUGUUCGUUCCUUUUGGCUCCUUCGUGUCUAUUGGCGUGAAGCAAUUCACUUAUUAUCAAGGGAAAUAGAAAAAAAGUUGUUUAUUUGA